AUGGAUUACGACGAUGACUUCGUCACUUAUGAUGAAGCUGGAGCAGAUUCUGAUGCAUUUUCGUCUCCUGCCAGCUGCGACGAUGACGACGAUCUGGGCAUCGCGCUGGAGGAGGAGCACGGCAGUAGCACAAGAGAGCGUAGAGACGGUGAGGAGUACCACUUUGAGGUGCUUGAUUCGGACGAAAUCCUUCACCACAUGAACGAGACGAUCAAAGAGGUGGCCGGUCUUACGCAGCUGCCUUUGACGACUGCUCGAAUAUUGCUCAAUCAUUUCAAGUGGGACAAAGAAAAACUACUAGAAAUGUACUACGACUGCAGCGAUCAGGAAAACAUUUUUAGGGAAGCUCAUGUCAUCAGCCCUUUUAAAAAAUGCCCCGCGGCUAGUUCCAGUAAAAGUUCCUCUGUUAUGGGAACUUCGCGGAGCAUCACCAGCUUGAAUGAAAUGUGUCAGAUCUGCAUGCACUCCUACGAUCCCACCCUAAUGAUUGGCCUGGAAUGCAGUCAUCGGUUCUGUAUGUCAUGCUGGAUCACUUACUUGACGACCAAGAUCAUGGACGAAGGGAUGGGACAAACCAUAUCUUGCGCGGCUUAUAAGUGUGACAUCCUCGUCGACGACAGUAUCAUCAUGAAAGUAUUAAAAGAACGAAAAGUGAAAAUGCGCUAUCAACAUCUCAUCACAAAUAACUUCGUCGAGUGCAACCGUUUGCUGCGCUGGUGCCCGGCUCCUGAUUGUUGUAACGCUAUCAAAGUGCAGUACGCUGAUUCCAAACCCGUCACUUGCAAGUGUUCUUUCACAUUUUGUUUCGCCUGCGCUCACGAGUGGCAUGACCCCGUCAGUUGCUUGCUGUUGACUAAAUGGCUAAAGAAGUGCAACGAUGAUAGCGAGACAUCGAACUGGAUUGCAGCGAAUACAAAGGAGUGUCCGAAGUGUCACGUAACGAUAGAAAAGGACGGCGGUUGCAAUCACAUGACGUGCAAGAAUCAGUGUUGCAAGAUGGAGUUUUGCUGGGUAUGCCUCGGACCAUGGGAGCCUCACGGAUCAUCAUGGUACUCGUGCAAUAGGUAUGACGAUGCUGCCGCAAAGGCCGCCAGGGAUGCGCAGGAGGUGGAUGUUAUUUCUCAUGUUUCCCAUUGGACUCGCUCUAUAGUGUGUGUUUUCUUUCAGCGAUCUCGGGCCGCUCUGCAACGCUACCUGCACUACUGCAAUCGAUACAUGAAUCACAUGCAGAGUUUAAAGUUCGAAAACAAGCUGUACGUAACGGUGAAGUGCAAAAUGGAAGAGAUGCAGCAGCACAACAUGUCGUGGAUCGAAGUUCAAUUUUUGCGCAAGGCUGUUGACGUUCUGUGUAAGUGCCGCCGAACACUCAAGUACACAUACGUGUUUGCCUACUACCUUCUUCGAAGCAACCAGUCUAUUAUUUUCGAAGAUAAUCAACAGGACUUAGAAUUAGCAACAGAGCAGUUGAGCGAAUUUCUCGAGCGAGACCUGGCGAAAGAAAACUUAGUGACACUCAAACAAAAAGUGCAGGACAAAUACAGGUAUUGUGAAGGUCGUCGUAAAGUACUCCUAGACCACUGCCACGAAGGUGACGAAAAGGAUUGGUGGGAAUUCUUGGAUGGUAGUAACGUCACUUGA